AUGGCGCCCCGAUAUACCCCAGACCAACUAGAAGCCUACCUGCAACGCAUCGGAUACGCGAACUCCGCCGGCGGAACAGGACUCGCCCGGCUGCAGCAACUUCACCAGUCUAUCCAAGAGAAUGCCCUGGCUGCUUUGGCAGAGCUUCAGCGCCGCCAUCUAGGUUCAAUCCCAUGGGGCAAUUCGGCCAUCCACUAUUCACAGCAUCACAGCAUCUCUACCCACCAAUCUGCGGUGUUUGAGAAGCUGGUUGUUCGCCGCCUGGAUGGGUAUUGCAUGGAGAAUACCAACUUGUUCUAUGUUGUUCUCCUGUCGCUUGGCUACCAGGUUUACCCUUCCGCGGGGAGAGUAUCGAGUGCAGCAGCAGAUCCUAAGAAUGCCGGGCCUGAUGCUCGAUAUGGUUCUUUAGGACAUAUGGUGAUUAUAGUCACAGUCGAAGACAAGAAAUAUAUGGUCGACGUGGGCUUUGGCAACAACGUGCCAACCAGACCUUUGCCACUCGAAGAAAAUACCACUGCAGUCAACAUUGCUCCAACAGAUAUGCGAUUAGUUAAAGAGGCUCUCCCAGAAGCAGUGGAUAAAAGCCAAAAGUUCUGGAUCUAUCAAGUCAGAUUUGAUCCGGAAAGCAGUUGGGCGCCGCUGUACGCAUUUUCUGAGGUCGAGUUCUUACCGCAGGAUUUUGCCGUGCUGAAUUUCGCGACCAACAAGCUGCCGAGUAGCUGGUUUACGCAGAGGGUUGUCACAGUUCGGCAUAUUCUUGACGCGGCGGAGGGCGAUAUUGAAGGGUUAUCUCUGUAUCGUCUUCGUCCAACUAUCACUUGCCGAUAUCUCUUCAAAUAUUUGCCCUUUUCUUCCCCCGCUUUCCCCGCAUCGCGCGCCAUGUCGACCUCCAUUCAAGCAAAGCUGGACACCCUCCGAAACUACUCUGCCUGUGAUGUAUCAGACGCCCUCCUCAAACUCCAGAAACCCACCCCGGGAUCGGCCCCGCGGGCUGGCCAUCUAGCUGACUUCACUCCCUUCUCCCCCACAAUCGGCCGCAACACCAUAACACCCAAAAUCAUCGCCCCAGCCUCAACCAUAAAAUUCAUACCCAAAUCCUCUAGCCCGCCAGAAUCCACACCGGAGCCCAACACUUUCCCCGCAGGAAAGCACUGGGUCGACUGCACCGAGCCCGGCACAAUCGUGCUGAUCGAACAGCCAGCCGGCCAGCACUGCGCCGUCGUCGGCGGGAUCAUGGCCGUGCGCAUGAAGAGUCUCGGCAUUCAGGGCGUCGUUGUGAAUGGGCGCAUUCGCGACCUCUCUGAGAUCCAUGCUGCUAAUUUGCCGGUUUGGGCCAAGGGGACGUCCACGGUGGGCACUGGGGCGGAGGCGAAGGCCGGUCUGAGGAAUGUGAAGAUUGAUGUUGGGGGCGUGGAUGUUGAGCCGGGUGAUAUUAUUUUCUGUGACCCCUUGGAGGGCGUCGUUGCUAUUCCGCGCGACUUGCUCGACCAGGUCCUUGAGACUAUGCCGAAGCUUAUUGCGAUGGAUGAUAAGGUGAAGGAGGCCGUUGAGCAGGGGUCCAGCGUUCAGGAUGCUUUUAAGAAAUUCCGAGGUUAA